AUGACGGAUUUACUUCUCGAUCCGGCCAUACGCACCUGGGUAUUCCUGCCAAUUGUUGUCAUCACCUUUAUGAUUGGCGUGCUCCGACAUUAUGUAUCGUUAUUGCUAAUGAGCAAGAAAAAGGUGGAGCUAGAGAAUGUCGCUGAUGGGCAGUAUCUACUUCGUUCACGAUUACUCCGAGAAAAUGGACGAUUUCUGCCAAGGUCGUCGUUCAACGCCAGGCGGAAUUUCCUUUCAGCAGAGGACCAUGGCUACUUGUCGAAAGCGAUGCAACGUCCAAGCAAAGGUCCCAAUCCGAUGGAUCCAAGUCAAAUGACGGAAAUGUUGAAGGGAAAUAUGAUGAACAUGAUUCCAAUGAUUGUCGUAGGAGGAUGGAUUAACUGGACGUUUUCUGGCUUCGUUACCACACGGGUUCCAUUUCCCCUGACGCUCAAGUUCAAGGCGAUGUUGCAACGUGGAGUCGAUCUUGUUUCUUUAGAUUCAGCAUGGGUAUCAUCGGCUUCGUGGUAUUUUCUGUGUAUGUUUGGAUUGAGGUCGAUAUACACAUUGGUGCUAGGUGAAGAGAAUGCCGCGGAUCAGUCCAAAGCUAUGGAGGAUCAAAUGAGUGGAGCGGCUAUGUCACCUCAACAAGAUCCGAAGGCAGCAUUCAAAGCAGAAUGGGAGGCCUUGCAAAUGCAUCAACAUCACCAUCUUUGGACCAUGUCUUCACAGAAAAGUAAUCAUAGCUUCCAUUGUUUAGGAGCGGCUAUGUCACCUCAACAAGAUCCGAAGGCAGCAUUCAAAGCAGAAUGGGAGGCCUUGCAAAUGCAUCAACAUCAGUUUGCGCUUUAA